GAGCCGAGCCGAGCCGAGCCGUUAAGUUUGUGCUCCUCUGUGUCUGUGUCACUAUCCGCCUCAGACUCUGAGACUGAUACUCAGUCACACACACCACCUUCUUUCUUUCUUUCAUAAUUUCUUUUUCCUCCUCCGUGUUUCUGUCCCUCGGCGCCGUUCCUUCUCUGCACAAUCACGUUCGGAACGAAGAAAGAGCCGAAAAGCACAAGUUAGGAAGCCGAGAAGUGAAGUGUCUCUCGAGAGUCGAUGUGAGCGAGGAGCGCCGCAGCUCGGCUCGAGACGAGUCGAGAGGCCGGCGGUGAAUGAAGCGGGCGGGCGCGCGCUGGAGCACGGCAGUCGGUCCAAUGGCUUUAGUGGAAUGACCAGGCCACCAACAGGUCCAUUGGAAGUGUCACUCCUGUUGGAACCCUUGUUCUGUUUGCCUGUGAGCUUAUGUGCCUCUAACACUGAGUGUGAGCGCUGACCCGAGACCAGAAAGAGGUCACACUUGUCAAUGGUUCAGUGCAGCUGGAAGACCAAGUGCUGAUCAUUCUGAAAAUAGCGAAGCGCCAUGGAUGCCGCGCAGGGUCCAGUGGUCGAGUCCAAAGCCGAGCGCAUUGCGCGCUACAAGGCGGAGCGGCGGAGGGAGCUGGCGGAGCGCUACGGCAACACAGAGGAACUUCCUUACAAGUAUUUGAAAAGGGAGAAGAAGGAGGCCUUGAACACAGCUGCCGUGGAACAUAAUGCGGUGCCCGAGUCGGACACCCCUCGUCCUGCUGAGGUCACGCAGCGUUCGGACAUGGUCACCGCGAGCGGGAGUGAUGGGUGCGAGGAGCCUGAGGAGGCCAGCACCACACAUGUGCCACUACAAGAGAAAGGCAAGGUGGUCCCCUUCUGCAGUGAGCCCCCUGCUCAGAGUAUCUCCAAUGAAAACAAGGCAGACCCCACUGGUGGUGUGACCCCCCAGGGCAGUUUGGUGGUGACUGAGGCACUGGAGAAGCUGAUAGCCGCAGGGAAAGCCGAUGACUCAGCGAAGUUGGGCGAAGCUGCCAAGAUGUCUGUCUGUAAAGAGCUGGGGAACAGCCUUCCUGGAAGCGGUGACAGUGAACGCAGAGUGCGCAGAGCCAAUGAACAGCGAGCGCUCACCCAACCAAUCACAAGCGAGGAAAUGGUCGCAGCUUUCAGCCUUCCCAAGGGUUCUGCUCCAGGGGAGGCUCAGCCAGAUGGUGCGAAGCCCAGGGGAGGGUGGAGCUCGUCCGUUCACCUAAGCGAGAGGACGAACCUCUUCAACAGGCUGUCCCAGGAGGACAGCAAGGCGCACCAAAUGGCAGACACAGCAGACAAGCGAAGGCAGAAGGUGAUGCGUUCCUUCACCCUGCCUGUCACCACGGGAGAGGUAGAAAUGGUGCAGAGGGGGCUUCAUCUGCCCCUCCACCUCCCUGAGGGCCAGAAGGGAGACGUCAGUCCUGAGCUGGAUGGUUCCGCACAGAACCAGGACUCGGAGCCAGGAGAGGUCGGGGGCUUUCCGAAGAAGACUCAGUCUGUCAGCCUCAAGGUGGAGCAGGACGAGUUGAGGGAGGAGGGACGUGGCGAAAGGCUCGCGACCAUAAGCAGCCCUUCCUCUACCACGCUCUGUGGCAGGAACGGAAGGACUGGCUCCUCCAGCUCCACAGAGGAGUGCAAGACCACAUCUGCUCACAGCUGCUCCACAGGCCAUCCCAUCCUCCGUACGCCUUCCCCAGAUGAGGACGUCCUGCUGAGGAGCACUUCCUCCUUCUCUGAGGAGAGUGAGGACCUGGAUAGCAGCUUGGACAGCAGCUUGAGUUCCUCUCUGAAGGAAAGACUUGCAGAGUUGAGCUGCGGUGAGGAGGAGUGGAGGAGCAGGCUGAAGAAAGCCAAGGCCACCGAGGCAAUCCAUGUGUCCCUGGCCGACCGCUACAACCAGCUGCAUGAUGCCGAGAAUGCCUGGAGGAAGAAGAAGGCCUCGACGGAGGUGGAGACAAAGAUGUCCCUGGCGGAGCGCAUGCGUAUCCUGCAGGAGAAGGAGGAGCAGUGGAAGGCCAAGGGCAAAGGCGCCUCCAAUGACUCCACGCAGUUCACUGUUGCCGGACGCAUGGCAAAGAGAGGCCUCGUGUCUGCUGUUUCUGGAAGAGAGGAAACACCACCUUUCCAUACUAAGAAGUCCAGCUCAGGAACCCCAGCCAGGCCACCAGAAGAGAUCUCCAGCCGCUCUGAUGUCAAGGUUGAGGGGGACAAGAAGCUGGACAAGUUGGAAUCCUUCCUGGACAAGCUGCAUAAAAAAGCAGGUUCCAGUCACCAGGAGACUUCCGUCAAGGUGACCGAGGAGACAGUGAAAGAGGUGAUGACGCUGGAUGACGAGGAGACCUUCAGACUCUUCUACAAGCCGAUUGCCUCCUCAGCCCUGGGCUCCAGCAGUCCCUUGGACGCUGCUCAGGACCUCAGCAUCAUCAAGUCUGAUUCACCAAAGCUGACGUCGACAAUGGCGGAGCACAGGCGGGCAGUACGUCCAAACCGAAAGGCCCAGGCCUCCCGGAACCCGCUGCGCUCGCUGGCGGCACGGGGCGACAUCCGACAGGAGUACACAGAGCAGCGACUCAACGUGGCCAGCCUGGAGACCAAGAGGAUCCAAGUGGAGAAGAUGGCCAAGUUCUCCAACCUAGCAGAUGCUGCUUUGGCUGGUCUGGCCAGCAAGGAGAACUUCCGCAAGGUGAACUUGCGCAACGUUAAGUCCACCGAGGUGGUAACCAACAACAGCGCCGUACCCUUCAGCAAGCUCAUGCUCAUCCACAUUAAAGGUCGGAGACAUGUCCAGGUGCGUCUGGUGGAGCCAGCGGCGCAGUCACUCAACAGCGGCGACUGUUUCCUCCUCAUUACGCCCAAGCAUUGCUACCAGUGGUGCGGGGAGUUCGCCAACGUCAUCGAGAAAGCCAAGGCCUCAGAGAUGGCGACCUUCGUUCAGGCUAAGAGGGACCUGGGUUGCAAGGCGCCGCAGGUGACCAUCCUGGAAGAGGGCGUCAAUACGGACAGCAGCCGAGCCAAGGAGUUCUGGAACCUGCUAGGCGGCAAGGCCAAGUACAAAGGAGCUGGGGAUCCGGAGGAGGACGAGAUGUAUGAAAGCGGGGUGGUGGAAUCCAACUGUGUGUACCGGCUGGUGGAAGACAAGCUUGUUCCUCAUGAGGAGGCGUGGGCCUCCAUCCCCAGUGUCUCCCUACUGAACUCCAAAGAGGUGCUGGUGUUUGACUUUGGCAGCGAAGUGUAUGUGUGGAAUGGCAAGGACGUGCCCCUUGGUGAUAGGAAGGUGGCAGUUCAGCUGAGCAGGCAGGUGUGGGCCGGGCCCUAUGACUACAGCAACUGCCGGGUCAACCCUCUGGACCUGUUGUCCUGCAACCCGGAGAUCGAGCGGCAGGGGGUGGGACGGCCAAGCUGGGCUCUCUUCGGGCGGCUGUCGGAGCACAACGAGACCGCUCUGUUCAGGGAGAAGUUUCUGGACUGGACGGAGAAGCCCAGUACCAAGGAGGAGCCUACAGUGGAGGAAGUGAAGAGUCCCGUGCACCCUGUGCCCCACGAGUCCGAGCUGCGGCCCUGUGACGUGAAGGCCAUGCUUUCAGGAGGGGGCGCUAUGCCACACACCGUCCUGGAGGGGGUGGAUGUGCAGCGUGGGCACGGCCUGGUGCGCACCGAGGACGGGCGCCAAGCGGAGCUGGCCACGAUCGCAGUGGACGCCUGGCACAUCUGCGAGUUUGAUGACUACGAAAUCCCGCGAGAGAGCAUUGGCCAGCUGCACGAGGGCGACACCUAUGUCAUUCGCUGGAAGUAUUCGCUCACCACUGUGGUGGGUAAGAGGCAGCGUCCUGGAGAGCUCAGCAGUGGUGGUCCGGGGCGCGAACGCUCUGCCUGCUUCUUCUGGCAAGGCAGGCACUCGAGCGUAAGUGGGAAAGGAACGUCGGCCCUCAUGACAGUGGAGCUUGGGAGCCACAGAGGGGCACAGGUCCUGGUGGCCCAGGGAAAGGAGCCCCCCUGCUUCCUGCAGCUGUUCCAGGGUGGGCUGGUCAUCCACAAGGGCCGCCGUGAGGACAGCGCCAGCAACACCGGUGGCUGGCGUCUCUUCUGUGUGCAGGGAGAGCUUUUGGAGGAGGCCUCUAUGGCUGAGGUGGACUGCUGCUGUGCCAGCCUGCGGUCCCGUGCCUCCCUGGUGCUGCUCAGUGCCCAGCGGGGGGAGCUCUUCCUGUGGCAUGGCUGCAAGGCCCACCAGGGGGCUCGCGACGUGGCCAAGAGGGCUGUGGAACGCAUCACACAGGUGUGUCCCCCUGAGCUGGACCUCAACCCUAACAGCAGCAUGAAGGUCCACGAGGUGGAGGAGGGCACCGAACCCGCACAGUUCUGGAAUGCUCUGGGACAGCAGGACAGGAAAGCCUACGAUUGCAUGUUGCAAGACCCAGGAAAGUACAACUUCACUCCGCACCUCUUCCGCUUGACGGCCUGUUCUGGCACCUUCGAGGCUGAGGAGAAGCUGAGCCCUGUCCGUGUGCCAGGCACCGUGAUGGCCAUGCCCUUCUUGCAGGAGCACCUGUACUCUGCGCCGCAGCCAGCUCUCUUCUUGCUGGACAACCGCAUGGAGGUGUACCUGUGGCAGGGGCAGCAGCCGGACGAUGGCGAGUGCACCGGCUCCGCCAAGAUCCGCUGGGACAGCGAGCGGAAGUGUGCCAUGGAGACUGUGCUGCAGUACUGCAGAGAGAGGAACUUGCGGCGCCCCCCUCCGGCUUACAUUAUCCUGGCAGGGACUGAACCCCUCACCUUCACCAACAUCUUCCCACGCUGGGAGAAAGAUCCCAGCAUCAAGUUGAAGGGGGACACGGUGCGGAACAAGGUGGUCCUGGUCCAGGAUGCCCUCUCACGGCUCUCUAAGAAGCAAUACUCAGUGGAGGAGCUGCUGGCCAAGCCGCUGCCCGAAGGCGUGGACCCUUUGCACCUGGAGCUCUACCUGUCGGACGAAGACUUCCAGAGGGUUUUGGAGAUGACGCAAGAUGAAUUCAACUCGCUCCCCAUCUGGAAACAAAUCAACCUGAAAAAAAGCAAAGGACUGUUUUGAAAAGGAGACAAGCUUGUGCCCUCACAUUAUUUCUGUAAACAAAUGCUUUGUACAUGUUUGGCACACUUUUGUACAAUUUUAAGAAAGCAUAUAUUCUUGUAAAGUGACAAGAUGAAAUGUACAGUCUAUAUCUAGGGACUGGUUUCUGUUUUUUAAUAUCAUUCUAAACACUUUGUUCCCAGAGCACUGCGCAGAACUGUGUGUUUUAGCCAAAUGCAUGAAAGCCUUGGAUGGAGAGAAUGCUUUUUUAAAAAAAAUUUAUAAAGCUAUUAUAUCGAAAGAAAAAACCUGAACUAAUGUAAUAUAAAUAUGUAUCAUAAAUUUCACACACUUUCAGAACUGCUUGUCCCAUACGGGGUUG